AUGGUUUUACUAGCACUACAGUUUGGUGGUCAACCCCAUCUACAGGCACACUUCAUUGACAGUUCGCUCAACGCUACUACUGUGGUUUUGCUGGUAGAAAUAUUCAAACUUAUGUUUGCAGUUCUGUUCAUGAUGCUCGAAGGAUCGAUCAUUGAGUGUAUCAAGAGCUGGCGGCCACUCUCGAGCUUAGCUGUUGCGGCCCUGCCUGCGGCUACAUAUGCUGCACAGAAUGUAUGCAUACAAACGGCCUAUCGUAAUCUCGACCCACUAGUGUUCAACUUGGUUAACCAAACUAAGUUGUUAUGGACUGCGGUUCUCACGUACUUCUUACUUGGCAGAGGGCAGAGUUCUGUGCAGAUUUUGGCCUUAUCAAUGUUAUUCAUAUCUGCUGUCUUGAUAUCUAUUGGUGAGCAAACUGGAUUGAAUGAUGAAUACGAUGAGAAGAACCUCACGUUAGGAAUGUUAGCUGUUAUAUCAGCGAGUUUCUUGUCGGGAGUGGGAGCUGCUAUUACUGAGCUUGCAUUGAGGUCGUAUCAUCGCAAUAGUUACCUUCUUUCUGGAGAACUAGCGAUGUAUUCAGCAAUUCUGAUCAUAGUUGUCGAGUCCAUAGCUCACGGGGAAGUUCCUAUGCUACGUCCCAAUUUCGUGGCGGGGAUUUCAUUAUUACCAAUUUUUACUCAAGCAAUAGGCGGUAUUGUCGUUGGACAAGUCACGAAACAUGCUGGCAGUGUGCACAAGGGUUUCUCAAUAAUUGGUGGUAUUAUUAUCACAGCGAUCCUUCGGAGUGUUUUGGUGAAUGCUCCGUUGAGAACAGAAGUCUGUAUGGCGAUGCCAGUGACUCUACUUGCUACUUACAUGUACGCGAAAUAUCCUCCAGCGCAGAAGUUAAAGUUGAAAGAGAAGUAGAUCGGAAUUCUGUUUUUUUCACAGCUCAUGUGAACGUCAAACGUUCAUUUGUGUGCUUUUUUUUCUAUC